AUGUUUGCCGUUCAUGAGAAUCACAUUGAUGCAGUUAACUAUCUUCUUUAUCAAGGGACAGAUGUAAACAUGCAACAGGAAUCUGGUUAUACAGCUCUCCACAUUGCUGCUGCGAAUGGUUAUUUUAACGCCUUGAGGUGCCUAAUUAAAUGUGGCGCUGAUGUUAAUGCACGAAACGAAAACAAUCAUACUCCUUUGAUGUUGGCUUGUGACAAUGUCAAUAGAAAAGUAACAGACAGCAUAUUAAAAAAUGUUGGUCGUAAAGAGACAAGUAGCACUUGCAACUAUUUUAAUACUGUAGCCUUACUCAUCAAUCAAGGUGCUGAUGUUAACCUGCAAGACAAUUCUGGUUAUUCAGCUCUGCACUUUGCUGCUGGUAGUACCUUCACAGCCCUGAUUAUUAUUGAGACUGAUGUUGAUAUAAUCACAGGCGACAACUGCCCCUGUGAGUUGGUACCUUCAUUUCAGCGUGACGAUGUGAAUGUUGUGGACUUUCUUCUUCAAAAUGGAGCUAAUGUUGAUCUUCAAGAUAAAGAGGGUCAAACAGCUCUCUUCCAUGCUUUACGGAACCAGGGCAUCCCUUAUGGCAUUUUAAGGUCUCUGCUUAAAAAUGGAGCCAACCUUAACACUAGUAGAAAUGACAAAAGCACACCUCUAAUAUUAGCAACACAAAGUUUAAAGAACGCUGUGGAACAACUAGUACCAUGGCUCAUUGACAAUGGAGCCAAUGUAGAUCCUCAAGACAAAGAUGGUCUUACACCUCUUCACUAUGGUUGUAUGUAUGGUAACUCAUGUGAGGUUUUGAAUGGUUUGAUUAAACAUGGGGCCAAUGUCAAUGCAUCUACAAGUAAUAAAGUCACUCCUCUCAUGAGAGCCGCUGAAAAUUGUAACGUAAAUGCCGUCAGCCUUCUUAUUGAACAUGGAGCUAACGUGACUCUUCAAGAUGAAGAUGGUGAUACAGCGCUUCACUAUGCUGCAAGUGAACAACGCUGUGUGGAUAAGACUCAAAUGUAA